AUAAUAAAUGCAAAUUAUCAACCACAUACAUUACAGUACAAAAAAAAAAGUACUAAUAUUAAAAUGAUGUAUACUACCGUCAAAUGCGUAAAGAAAAUAAGUGUAUAAUAGAGUUUUUAUCAAUAUAUUAUUACAAUUCAUGUCUGUGUUUAUUCGCUAGUGCUAACAGUAUCUAGGUAAUGAUGUCAAUUUUUAGAGGAAAGUCGCCUAUGUUGGACUACUACUUCAUUAAGUACAUUGAAAUUAAUCAUUCAGUAUAAUACAUUAAGAAAAGUCACAGCACUUUUGUAAUUAAACACAUAACUAUUGUGUACUACGUUGUAUUAAAGCUUACAUUUUACGAAAUCUAUAAGAUAAAGUGCCAGCUUGUUCUUAGGCGUAAAAAAUUACAUUGUAUUUUAAACAAUAUCGUACUGUAGCUAGAAUAAUCAAUAUGGAAUCAUCCAAAAAAGUUUUACUUUCUCGUAACAGUAGUUCGAAUUUUUUUGCUAUGUCGGAUGAUGGUUUUGUAGUAAUGCCCACUAAAAAGCAUACGGCAUCUAUUAUAUUUUUACAUGGACUUGGUGAGAACGGAGAAAAUUGGUCCAUAACUCUGUCUAAGUUAGUCAAACCAAAUGUCAAAAUUAUAUGUCCGAACUCGACAAAAAUACCUUUAUCCCUGAAUAAAGGCUUUCUGACAGCAGCUUGGUUUGAUCUACAUCAUUUAGACGAACAUAUUCCAGAAGAUGAGACUAGUAUUGUACGAGCUAUGGAUUAUUUACACGGCAUUAUAGAUGAUGAAUUAGCGGCCAGUAAAAUACCUGCUAACAAAAUAAUUCUAGGAGGAUUUUCUCAAGGUGGAGCGCUUGCAUUAUAUUCUUCAUUAUUUUAUCCAAAACGUCUUGGUGGUAUCCUAAUUAUGUCGAGUUGGGUUCCUCUUCACAAAACAAUUCAUGGAGAAGCUAGUAAUAAUACAAAUAUUCCAAUAUUACAUUGUCACGGGACGGAUGAUCCUAUUAUUCCUUAUAAGUGGGGAAAGAUAACAGCUGAUAUUAUGAACGAAAUGAACCCGAAGUAUAAUUUUGUGUCCUAUGAAGGUUUGAAACAUCAUACCAAUGAAGAGGAACUUCAAGAAGUUAAGAACUUUAUCAACAAAGUAUUGCCAUAAAUAUAGUUUUAUUCUUUUAAGAUAAUUUUAAUGUAUACUAUGUAUAUGUAUUACAUAUUAUGUAAACUAUUGAUCUUCGUGACACUUUUAGUCCAAAACAUUUCAGUAUAAAGUAAUAUUUGACUAAAAUUAUGGGGAAGGCCGUAUUAUGAGAUAGAUUAUUUUUUGUUUGGGUGUCAUUAAGAUUAAAUAAUUAAGAUAAAUUAAACUUAUGUUUAUUAAAAGAUGAUUAAAAAUAAAGCGUGAAAUAAUACAAG